UCUGCAUGUUGUGCAUCAUUGCAUUUAAUAAUAAUAAGAGGCUAUUAUAAUCGUGACUCCUUACCGGUGGCAGCUGUGUCUUCAUCGAUCAUCAGUCAAGGAUUGACCAGUGGUGCCAGAGAGACUCCAAGGCAUACUGCCAACACCAUGGACCCUUCUCACCAGGAAAUCACAGAGCUUGUGCUCCACCACCCAGACAUUCCUGCCGACCCAUCGGCCUACUACCCGACGGAGCCUGUACAGCAGCCGUACGAGGCAAUCCAGCAGCAGCAGCAGCACUCUGUUCCAAUGGCUUAUCCACACCACCCGCAGUCAACAGCAUCCUGUGUGCAGAUGACUUAUACAGUUGUGGAGCAGACCUCUCCUUCUGCUCCAUCCAUGCAAGUGGGCUAUCUGCAUCCUCUUCAUAACCCACAGCAGCAGCCUCAGCAGCAGCCAGCUAAACAGUGCAAAUGCAAGUGCACUUGUGAGGCUUCUGCCCCAUCUGCCGCACCACAGGUGGAAGCCCCCACCCCCACCCCUGUCCCAUGUUCCUCCACAUCUGCCGCAGCCGGACCAUCCAAACCUACCAAACCCAAAUCAACCAAGGCGUCCAAACCUGCCAAUUCCUCAGCCCUUCCAGACAGCCCGAGUCGAUCACCGGUGGCUCGAGUCGCGGGCCCGCCUCCGCCACCCGUACCGCUGGUGGAGGAGCUUCACAGUUACAGCUGCCGCAUCUGCGGGAAGACGUUCAAGCUGAAGGGUGCGGUGGUGGUUCACAUGAGGGUGCACAGUCUGGAGAGGAAGCACAGCUGCAACUACUGCGACAUGAAGUUCAAAGACACCAACUCGCUACGGCAGCACAUUCGUCGCCACACGGGUGAACGGCCGUACCAGUGUAGCUACUGUGACAAGGCCUUCAAACAGCAGAGCGGUCUGAUGCAACACGAACGGCUUCAUACCGGUGAGCGUCCGUACGCAUGCCGUUUCUGCCAGCGUACCUUCGUCCAGAAAAACCACGUGGAUCGCCACGAGCGUGCACACACGGGGGACAAACCGUACACGUGCCGUCACUGCGGUGCAGCGUUCGUGGACCGCAGCGGUCUGAACCAGCACGCGUUCAAUCAGCAUGGAGAGGAACCACUGAAGCUGACCCCGGCUGGGACGGUGCCGAGGGGUAGUGGUCGUCCUAGAAAACAAGCUGAGUGUGUGGAGGAGUUGGAUAGUCCGGUGGUUGUGGCGAAGAAGGCCAAAGUGGAGCCGGUGGUGUAUGCUGAUGAUGUUGGAGGGAAUGAUGGACAGGGUGUUGAAGAGGCAAAUGUUGAAGAACUGGGAGGAAAUGAUGAGCAGGAACAUAUUGUGGUAACAGAAACAGGGACUGUAAAAAGGGUGAACGCCAAAAGCACACCGAAGAUCCGAAAGCGGAAAAGGCGGGAAGAAGGAGACGACAACCCUCGAAAAGCCCUCUGGAAGGCCGGUCUAGCCCCUCAUCCUGGUGGGCGCCCUCCUAAACACGUAGCUGACGUGUUGGUUCUCCCAGCUCCUGUCAGUAUCGUGCGCACUGGUAGGAAGCGCAUGUCACAGACCCUGGUGGAGGAUCUGGCGCUUCUGCCGCCGAGGGAGCAGGUUAGAAGUCGCGGAAGGCCGAGGAAAGAGGAAGAGAGGGCGAUGCUGGAGGCGGGAGCGAGGAUGAUGCAGGAUGAAUCCAGUGAGGAUGAUAUGGGCGUUAUAGAGCCUCCACUGGCGGACAAUUUGAGUGAGAUCACUGUUGAAGAGUUGUGAGGUCAAACUAGACACUCGUGGACGCUGGAUCGUGUUUGGUUUAGUGUAGAAAAUGGAGGGAUAGGGUCGCUCGAGCGAAUCGUUGGCAUGCGGUUGUUACAUUUGUAGGUAUUAGAUCGAUAAUUUGUAGUGCUGAAGGUGCUUUGUAUAAAUUAAACCGUCGUGCAUUAUUUGAUGUCGCUUAGAUACGAUUAUGUCUGGCUUUUUUCUUCUUGGCAGGAGUAGGUGUUCUAUUCACUGUGCUCGUUAGAAAGUCACAUUUCGUUACAUGUCAGUGUGUAACGAAAGUUCGAAUUCAGCGCACGUACUGUCUUGACAAUCAUAAUUUCGAUUAUCCUGGUGCAAGGAUGUCUCUCUAAACCUGUGAAGCACAGCAUUAGGUGGUACAUCUUGUGCAUCUGUAGUGCAACUUGUGUAUGUUAUAUAGUGUUUUGAUGUGUACUGUGUAACAUAAGUCAUUGGGGCUGUAAUUUAUGUUAACCAGCUCUAGGACGUCAGCCAAAAGUCUUGGCUUUGAGCUGGUGCCGGAUGUCUUUUGUGGCUAUACUUUUUGUCCUCACAACUUUAUUGCGUCAUUUCAUUCAAAAUCGUGCCAUAUAUGUUGAACUGCUAUGGUUUUGCAGGCUUUUUCUCUUCGAUGGCUUCACAUGCAGAACAUCUUAUGACGUCUAUUUUUCUUUGUAAUUGAUACUUGUUCCGUCGUAUAGUUGCAACAGAAUGCAACGCAGUGGGGUGGAGACUAUAACCGAUCUCCCUCAUCCUUUUUUAUGGACGCUGGCUUGCCUGCAAUAUGUAGAAAACAUCGAAGCAAACACACUUAGAGCUAUCCGAAAGUUCAUUUAGAAAAUAUCGAAGGAACUUCGCUUUUUGAAUGCCAUCCAGUGUUCAUAUAUGGAAAGCAUAGCUACACAAAGUGUUGAGGUUGUGGUGUAUGUGAAGUGUUCUUGUAUGCAUUAACUUUCGGUGGAAUGAGUGUCCUCACGUGUGCAGCCGUUGCCAGCUUGCCACCUUCUCGUGAGCGUGCUACCUACACCACCUAGGCGCACCAGAAUUAGUCCUGAGAUGAUCCUUUGCUGUGUCGAAUGAAUACCGACCGAGUACUGCCCUUUCAGAGAUGUUUAUGCGAUUCAGUUUUUUUUUUCUUUUUUUUUAUAAAUUUUGUCCGAACCUUUUGAUGGGAAGGAUUCACAAGGACAGAGCCACCGCUAAGCGAAGCUUGUUGCGAUGACCCUGCCCUCUACCCUCCGAUCGCGCAAUUCCGAUUCUAUGGCAGAAUUUAGAGUCCAAAGUUUAACGUGCGCACAAAGCCGCGCACGGCCGGUCCCCUCGCUGACUUCGCCUGGCUACGGCCUGCCACCAACCGCAACCAUACCUGUCAGGAGGCCCAUAAAUGUCGAGCGCCCGUCGCGCUUCGAACCCGGACUGUUAUAACCGGGAACGCGUGCUCUCACCACGCGGAGUCCAACGCUCUAACCAACUGAGCUACGGGACCGGCAAAGAUGUGGACUAAUGUGUGGACUAAUGUGUGUUAUGUCUGUAAAUAGACAUUAGGCAGUAAUAAUGUCUGCUGUAUGCACCUACUUAUAGGGCAAUAGCGGCUCCUACUUGCUGUCACUGGCCUGGCCAGGC